AUGUCGAACCGCGAUUCUAGCUCUGUGCGCGACUCGGUCGUGUCCUCAACGUCGCGCUUCUCGUCGCUCCUCUCGCCCGGCGCCUCUUCAUCAGCAACCUCGACCUUCCCCAUUCCACAGUCCGUCCCAUCCCUCCCGCCGCUUCCAGCGAACCAGAAGCGCACGUCAGUCAUCUACGAUCGACCACUGGUCAAGUCUCGAGGGGCGGAAGUCAGUCUGGGGGCGUGGGCGUACCUGUUUGCGGAACUCGUCCAGUACACGCAGAAGCGGGUGAGCGGGAUCAGCGAAUUCGAGAAGCGGCUCAGCAUCAUCGGCUAUCGCGUUGGCGCUCGACUACUCGAACUCCUCCCUCUCCGCGACUACCUGUACCCCGUAUCCUCUCUUCGCUCGCCUCCUCCGCCCUCUCGAACACUCCGACUACUCCCCAUCCUCACCUACGUCCACUCGACUCUGUACCGCUACCUCUUCGGCCGACCAGCCGACUCGCUCGAGCGGAGUACGGACAACGACGACGAGUACAUGAUUGGCGAUGACGAUAUGGUUAUUACCCGAGGAGUCGAGGUGCCAAAGGAGAUGAAGGACUUGAGCUGCGGAGCACUUGUCGCGGGCAUCGUCGAGGCGGUCAUGGACGGGGCGGGUUUCCCCGCACGGGUAACAGCACACUCCGUCCCAUCUCCUCAGCAUCCUCGACGGACAGUGAUCCUAAUCAAGCUUGACCCCGACGUGCUGGCACGAGAAGCGGCGUUGAGCGGCGGCAAGUAG